UGAAGCUAAAUGGUGAAUGCCUUAGUUUCUGUGAUUGUUUGUUCUCCCUGAAUCAGCGUGUGGAUUGUGUGGGUUAUUUUAGGGGUGAGAGGAACCCAAUGUUUUUGGGGUGGUUCCUUCAUGUGUAUGUAACAUCUCAUUAAGCAGGCUGAAGUUGGAACAUCACAUAGCUACUGACUGUAAAUUUCUCAGCAAGACUGGCAGCUUACUCAAACACUCACAAGUGUACUGAGACCAGCGCAACCUACACAUGACCCACUUCUGUGUUGUAUCAUUCUUCACCCUGCAAGGACGCCCAAAGACUGCUUUUGACAGAGGCACGCGAUGGGGAUCUUACAGUUAGACCCACAUGCAAGCCUGGCUUUUCAGAAGAAGACUACACAGCAUUCGUCUCCCAAAGUAUCAUGGAAGGGCAGAAGCUACUGAAAGUAAAAUUUAAUAACUGUGCCGGUAACAAGGGAGUUCAGUAUGAAACCAACAGCUUGGACUUCAAGGUGAGAGCAGAUGGGACCAUGUAUGCUGUCCACCAGGUGCAAAUGCCCUCAAAGCAGAUGAUCCUGAUGGUGACCGCCUGGGAUCCCCAGACCCUGGGCAGAUGGGAGGCAAUCAUCAGGUUUCUGGUGGGAGAGAAGUUGCAACACAAUGGACACAAGCCAAAGGGAAGGAAGAGCAUACCCGGGGAGCUGGCACAGCAGCAAAGUGACACCCUCCUCCCAUGGCGCCAGCAUCAGAGCGCUAAUGGCCUCCGGCGGCAAAAGCGAGAUUGGGUCAUCCCACCGAUCAACGUGCCAGAAAAUUCGAGAGGCCCCUUUCCGCAGCAGCUGGUUCGGAUUCGUUCCGAUAAGGACAAAGAGAUCCAUAUCAGGUACAGCAUCACUGGAGUGGGAGCCGACCAGCCGCCAAUGGAAGUCUUCAGCAUUGACCCUGUGUCUGGCAGGAUGUAUGUGACUCGCCCGAUGGACAGAGAAGAAAGAGCUUCCUACCAUCUCCGGGCUCAUGCAGUGGAUAUGAAUGGAAACAAAGUGGAGAAUCCUAUUGACCUUUACAUCUAUGUGAUUGAUAUGAAUGACAACAGACCGGAGUUUAUAAACCAAGUCUAUAAUGGAUCUGUUGAUGAAGGCUCUAAACCAGGUACCUAUGUGAUGACAGUGACUGCGAAUGAUGCUGAUGACAGUACUACAGCGAACGGGAUGGUGAGAUACCGAAUUGUGACUCAGACCCCACAGAGCCCGUCACAAAACAUGUUUACCAUUAACAGCGAGACGGGAGACAUCGUCACCGUGGCUGCUGGCCUUGACAGAGAGAAAGUUCAGCAGUAUAUAGUCAUUGUUCAAGCCACAGAUAUGGAAGGAAAUCUUAACUAUGGUCUCUCAAACACGGCAACUGCAAUCAUUACGGUGACAGAUGUGAAUGACAACCCACCCGAAUUCACUACGAGCACUUAUUCAGGGGAAGUUCCUGAGAACAGAGUGGAGGUUGUGGUUGCAAAUUUGACGGUGAUGGACCGGGACCAGCCUCACUCCCCCAACUGGAAUGCCAUCUACCGCAUCAUCAGCGGGGACCCCUCUGGGCACUUCACCAUCCGGACAGACCCUGUCACCAACGAAGGCAUGGUAACCGUCGUAAAGGCAGUCGAUUACGAGAUGAACAGAGCUUUCAUGCUGACGGUGAUGGUAUCAAACCAAGCUCCCCUGGCCAGUGGAAUCCAGAUGUCCUUCCAGUCGACAGCAGGAGUCACCAUUUCGGUUACAGAUGUCAACGAAGCGCCGUAUUUCCCAACGAACCACAAGCUGAUCAGACUGGAGGAAGGGGUGCCCACAGGGACGGUCCUGACAACGUUUUCUGCUGUGGAUCCUGAUCGCUUCAUGCAGCAAGCAGUAAGAUACUCUAAGCUGUCAGAUCCUGCAAACUGGCUGAACAUUAAUGCCACAAAUGGUCAGAUCACUACUGCUGCUGUCCUUGAUCGAGAGUCAGACUACAUUAAGAAUAAUGUCUACGAGGCCACAUUCUUGGCGGCUGACAACGGUAUACCCCCAGCCAGCGGCACUGGCACGCUGCAGAUCUACCUAAUCGACAUCAACGAUAACGCUCCUGAGCUCCUGCCAAAGGAGGCACAGAUCUGUGAAAAGCCAAACCUGAAUGUCAUCAACAUAACAGCCGCAGAUGCUGACAUCGAUCCAAACGUUGGGCCCUUUGUCUUCGAGCUGCCAAGUGUGCCAUCUGCGGUGAGGAAGAACUGGACCAUAACACGGCUGAAUGGUGAUUACGCCCAGCUCAGCUUACGAAUCAUGUACCUGGAAGCCGGUGUGUACGACGUGCCGAUCAUCGUGACGGACUCGGGAAACCCUCCCCUGUACAACACGUCCGUGAUCAAAGUGAAGGUGUGCCCGUGCGAUGAGAACGGCGACUGCACCACCAUCGGGGCAGUAGCUGCCGCAGGACUGGGCACGGGAGCCAUCAUUGCCAUCCUGAUCUGCAUCAUUAUUUUACUAACCAUGGUGCUGCUCUUCGUGGUGUGGAUGAAACGCCGGGAGAAGGAGCGCCACACCAAGCAGCUCCUGAUCGACCCCGAGGAUGACGUGAGGGACAACAUCCUGAAGUACGACGAAGAGGGAGGUGGAGAAGAAGAUCAGGAUUAUGAUUUAAGCCAGCUCCAGCAGCCAGAGACCAUGGAUCACGUGCUGAACAAGGCACCUGGAGUCAGAAGGGUGGAUGAGAGGCCUAUUGGUGCUGAACCGCAGUAUCCUAUAAGACCAGUAAUCCCACAUCCCGGGGAUAUUGGUGACUUUAUAAAUGAGGGCCUGCGUGCGGCGGACAACGACCCCACGGCCCCCCCCUACGAUUCCCUGCUGGUCUUUGACUACGAGGGCAGCGGCUCCACAGCCGGCUCCGUCAGCUCCCUCAACUCCUCCAGCUCCGGGGACCAGGACUACGAUUACCUUAACGACUGGGGCCCCAGGUUCAAGAAACUGGCGGACAUGUACGGGGGAGGCGAGGAGGAUUGAACUGACCUCACUUAUUUAAAAAAAAAAAAAAGAGAGAGAAGAAGAAGAAGAAGAAAAUAAAAACAAUUAAAAACAAACCCACAGACGACAACGUUAACAGAAAGAGCCGACGCAGAAGCAAAGAACUGUACAGAUGUGGCAGCUUUUUUAAUUAAUAUCCCCUGCUGACUGUAUUGUUAUUUUUAGUGGUGAUUUAGGAGGUUUAUUUUUUUUUCCUUUUUCUUUUCAUUUUUUUUUUUUUAGAAUAUUGAGCUGUCUCGCAUGAACACUUGUCUCUGCUGCAGGUUUUUUUGUUUUUGUUUUUGUUUUUUUUUAAUGUCAGCUGGGAUAUUGCUCGUUUAUCUGCUUUAUGACUAAAGAGAGUGAAAGGCACUCUGUCUUAACUUGAAUUUCUUAGAACAGAAGCACUGUUUUUAAAAUAUAUAUAUAUAUAUAUUUGAAAGUGCCUUUUGGUGCAUGUAUCAGAUUCCCUUCAAUCUCAGGAGUGAUGAAAACAAACAUACAACCAUCCUGGGCAGCACUCCCUGUGACCCUAAGCCAGUUCUAGCUGGGAAGGAGUUAACAAAAAGGAACUGUGGAGAUUGUUUCUUUUUUGCCUUUUUUUUUUUUUUUUUUUAAGGGGGUGACUCACUCUGGGGUGGAGAGGAUGGGGGGCGGGAGGGGGAGAUGUUUUGAGUGGAAAUCUUAACAGCCAUCUUUAAGCCUCAGCAGGUGGUGAACUAGUCAUCAUGUUGUAUAUAAUUCAGUGUUAUCAGAUGCAAAAUACCGACUAGGGGGCUCUGCUGUAACCUGGUCACACUCAAUGUAGCUGCAUAGAACUAUAGCAUUGAUAAAGCCUUUGGUUAUUGCCACAGAACUCUCCAACAGCCCUUGCCUAAACCCUACAAGUAAAUCGUGAAAUGACCAAAGGCCCAUUUGUUUGUUUUUAUGCUAUCGGCGUGUUUUGGCUCCCACGAGUGGUGUAAAUACCGGCUGGGUUACGUGGUGCCGUCCCACGUCUCCAGUGGUGCCGUAGGCACGAAGCCGAUGCUCUUUUGCCUCUCACGUGUCUCUGCCCCACUGCAGGCUGGGGCACGCGAUGGGCAGAAGCCGGCGCUCAGCACUUUUGCCAUCCGUAAGUAUGGAGCUAGCCUAGAACGACAUUAAUGCCUUGGAGCAUCAGUAGCCAAAGCUCAACAGCAUCAUGUAACUCAGCUAAUGUGUGUCCUUUAUAUUCGAUGGGUAGGCGCUGCUAUCUGUAGUAAAUGUUUUUUUUGGAGAAGAAGUGCAACGAGGGCCUGUUAAGUAUCUUGUGGUUAAUAUGCUCGAGCAUUGCCAAGCAAGCAAGAGGUUUUGCAGCAUCCAGGCAUAAUUCAACAUCAGUAUUAUAAAUGGUAGCAUACUACCUAGUUUAUAUGUAGGGUCAGUUUAACCAAUAACAAAUAGUUAUUAGCUUUUUUUAUUACAUUUUUCCUUUACUGAUUUGGACUAGUGGGUUUCUGUCUAAUGUUUGUAAAAUGAUUUAGACUGCAUGGAUGUGUAAUAUAAACCACAUUUAAUGGAUUAUGAGCCACUUAAUUAAUGUGCUAUGAAAUCUUGGAUUACCUGUGUUUUAUAUUCUGCAGACGAUUUUGCAGUGGGUUCGCUAAAAAUUGUAAAAGUGCUUAGAUAUAUUUUCAUUUAAAUCCAAGAAUGUGCACAGUACUGGAAGGUGAUUAUCCAGGGGAUAAUCAUGCUUUUUUGAUAUCUUGAUUAAUUCUCAAGUUGAAUGCUAAGAGUUAAACGGGGGGGCGGGGGGAGCGAGCGCGUGCACGCGAGAGAGCGCGAGAAUGAGAAGAAGAGAGCUUGUGGUAACGAGUGGACGUUGUUUCAGAGGGUAUACUAGGCUGCAAGAUCGUCUCUAUAGAUUUUUGAAAUGCUCCUAGUGCAUUUUAUAUUUCACUGUAUCAUAUUUUCUAUAAAAUGCAAUUUCUGUAAAUUAACGAGCAUUUGAAAUGUGUCUUGUAUGAAGUGGAAUGUGGUAAAAGUCUGCCCAAGGGGACUCAAACCGUUACCAGUAUGUUAUUAAUUACCGAGGGUGCGAUCUUUCUUUUUCUCUUGGUCGGUCAGUUAGCCGCCCGGUCACUUUGUCCUUUCACUGCCCAGAGAGCAAACACACGCUCAGAUGAGUUUCUGGAGGAGCCCCGGGGGCGAUGGAUGGCUCAGCCCCGGCAGACCCGGGAGCGGUGGCCACAGCCAGGCGAGGACAUGGCUGCAAGCAGCACGCGCCCCGUCCUCAUGAAGGGCGGCCUUUGCAGGUUUCUAUUCAAGAGCUGGGCACUCGGUUGUCUCAUGAAACCACCAUGAAGGUCUUGGCAUGCUUCUGCCGUGAGCCUUCCCCUCCUCCUGGCCGCCCUCAUCCCCCCCCCAGCCUCCGGCAGGCCUGGCAGCUCCCAGCCUCCAGCUGCUGGGGUCCCCCUGAGCCUUUGGCCUCCCCCUUCUGCUGCCUCAGGCCUUCCACUUGUCUGCAGGCUGGCACCAACUUCAGUGUGCUCCUCCUCUGAAGCCACCCGGCCACAGCAGCAGCAUAAUAAAUAACAAUUCCCCAGUCACGGCCUUGCUUUGUGCCCAUCACCAUAACCUCACCACCAGGUGAAGGAGGCAGACAGAGGCCAGGAGGAGAUGAUGGCACCCGCUUCCCACAGCACUGCCGGCCUGGAUGCCGAGCCGUGCGGACACCUGGCUAUAUCAGCAGGAGCCGAACACGGGCUCCAGAGCACCUGGUGCUUGAUGCCUGGCGUGCUGUUGGCCAUGGCGAUGGCCUACAGGUUGUGGUGUGUGCCCAGGGGCCAUACCCAGGGCUGCAGGGGGCAGCCGCCCCCCUAGCACUGCAGACAGGAGCAGCUCCCUCCCCAGCCAGGAGGGAGACGCUGUCAGACUUCAGCUUGUCUAAACAGUUCAGGAUUUUAAGAACAUUUUAUGCAACCUAAGUCAAACAAAACUGUCGGAGUGAUUAAAAAUAAAUCAGCCUGCUUCCAUUGGAAACUUUUCUUUAAAAAUCAGCGGAUAUUUUUCUGCAGCAUUUGCAAUCCAGACAUUCCAACCCCAUAAGCCUAUAAAUCAAACCAACUAGUUCAUUAUCUUUUGACCCAGUUCUGCUCAGUCUCCCUCCAUAGGACAACCUCCUCCUGCUCCUCCUUCUUCUCCUCCUCCUCCUCCUCCCCGCACCCUCUACACUCACCUUUGCAGUCCCACAAACGUGGCCGCAGGGUCCGGCCCCUUUCCUCGCGGUGGAACAGGCAGAAGGUAAGCGAGCAGCACAUCGAGCAAUGAAAAUAGAACACUUUUGCAAAGCUUUUUGCUUGUUAAUAUGAAUUACACUUUAUAACCAGCUAAGAUAAUGCAGUAUACAUUAAUCUGAGGGGUCCCGUGGAAGAAGUGGCAUUGCCAUUCACGGCUGGAGGUGGCUGCAGCUUACCAGGAGCUGAGGGGGGGAAACACCAACUUUCCCUAAACUUACAGGCUUUUCUUACAGGCCACACAAGGUUAUUCUCUGAAUAAAUAAAUUGAAGCACCAACUUCAAGAAACUAUUGAAAUAAGUGGCGCCCACACAUUGGAGCCCCACUUUUUGCCCACCACGAGGCGGCGGGGGAAAGAGCACUGGUUUCAGACAGAUGAAGGGGAGCCCACUCCAAAAAGAGCAUUUUCACACCCAAUUUCCCCCCAUACCCCGCACCACUGCCAGGAGCCAGUACCACAGCUCUCAGCAGUGUCUAGGGGACAGGGACAGGGACAGUGAUGCUUCGUGUGGCUCCCACCUCCUCAGCAUGAAGCUUACCCAUCUCUGAGCCAGGACCAUCCAUGCCCUAGGUCCCCACUGUGCCUGCAGCCACCUGGGGCACGGCCCCUGUCUGAUAAUUGCACAGCCUGUAGAAAGGGAGAAGCAUCUGUCACGGAAAUGCUUUGCAAGGCAACAAGGAAAUUCAGCAGGUAAUUAAUGACAGUAAAUAGGCAAGUCUGUUAUCGGUGUCCUAAGUGCUACUCAUAGUUCUGCUUAUAGUUUUGCAUUUUCCUGUUUGUUUGUUUGUUUUUCCUGUUUUUGCUGGACCAGGCAAUGCCAUUGAUGGUUGUAAGGGGGUGGUGGGGAGCUCAUGUCCGUGCAGCAGUCACCUGAGCCUCUGUGGCUGGGCUUUUGGGGAUACUCGGGUCCAAAUUCACCCUCCAGCAGUAAGUGGGCUGUCGGAGGUGGCUGUGUCACCUGCACCCACUUGGCAUAGGGUCAACGUCCAGGCGUUGGAGAACUGUGACGGGCAGGGCAGGCAGGGUCUGUACAACACAAUAUGCCAAGAUUGCGACUUUGUUUAGUCUCAAGAAACAUAUUAAGGUAAAAUACGGGACUUUUAUUUGUGAUGUCUUUUGAAGCUCUUCAUUGUAAGUGUGAAAAAAAAUGGGGGGAAUGCUGUGUAACGAUGAACAUGAUGUUUAAAACAGCAGCUAGACAACGUAGGUGUCUCCCACGCAAAGUUAACUCAGUUUCAUGGGGAAAAAAUCAAAGUUAUCUCAAGUACACACAAACCCCAUGCCCAACUGCUCACCAUGAUGUGUACAUAAUGUAGUUAGUGCUUGAAGCUACAAAUCAAAUAGGUGAAAAAAACCAACGAUGACAUAUAGAUGUAUAAUUGGAGCACUUUCUUUUAAUUAUGAUUUUGCAUGUUUCCUUUAACGAUGGAGAAGCUGUGUAGCAGCCCGCAUGACUGUGGUUGUUCUCGAGGAAGACUUCUGCUGUUCUGCUGUAUUCACGCUGAAGCGCAAAAGCAGUUUGCGUCCGUUAACCGAGUUCAAAAACCAUUUUUUGUAACCGUCAACAGCACAAAUAUUUUGUAUUGUUGUUUGUACCAUUUUUGUACCAAAAUCAAAAGAGGGAAAAAAAAAAAUAGGGAAGAAAGUAAAUGUUUUCAAUGUGUUUUUAGUGCCACUGCAAUCUUGGUUUCCAAACUGAGUAACAGCUUUGCUGAUUUAUUGUGUAUCAAAGCUGAACUGGCGCACUGACGCCUGGCUCCAGUGUAAUAAAAAUAAAGUCCCCCUUUUGAAUAGUC